CUCAAAACGGUUGCCUACCCCUGCUUUAAAGAAUCCUAACUUGCCUCUCUCUGUUUCAUUUGGAAGAAAAUCCCAAUAGCGAUUCCAUCUGGCGCUUGGAAGAAGGAUCUGAAGGCCCCCUUGGCUCAAACUCCAUGGAAAGGGAAAGACAUGCAGCAGAUGAAGUACAAGAGAAUGAAAUCUAUGGAGAACCUCUUGUAACACCAUGCGAAAUAACCACACCUGUUGUGGGAAAAGAGGAGUUUGGAAGUAAAAAAAGACUGAAAAGGCAAGGGGGAAACAAAGAGAAAAAUGGAAAGAAGACCUCCUCUGUCUCUCUGGGGGGCUGAUCUUUGUGAACCACAGACCAAAGAGUCAAGUCAAGUCAAGUGUCCCAUCUGUGGGAGAAUAUGUAAGUGUAAAGCACAAUUUGACAUCCACUUCAGAGUUCACACAGGGGAGAAACCGUACCGAUGUUUGGAGUGUGGCAAGAGCUUCAGUCGGCAGGAGCGUUUGCAUUCACAUCGAAGAAUCCACACAGGGGAAAAGCCAUAUCAAUGCAUGGAGUGUGGAAAAACCUUCAUCGACAGUGGAGCAUGUGUGAAGCAUCAAAGAACCCAUACUGGGGAGAAACCCUACAAAUGCAUGGAAUGUGGAAAGAGCUUCAAUCGUCACGAACGACUGCAUCUGCACCAGAGAAUCCACACAGGGGAGAAACCAUACCAAUGCCGGGAGUGUGGAAAGAGCUUCAUUGAUAGUGGAGCAUGUAAUAGACAUCAGAGAACCCACACAGGGGAGAAACCAUACACAUGCAGAGACUGUGGAAAGAGCUUCAGCGAUAGUGGCGCAUACACUAGACACCAAAGAACCCACACGGGAGAGAAACCAUAUACAUGCAAAGAAUGUGGAAAAGGUUUCAGUGAUAGUGGUGCGUGUACUAGACAUCAAAGGACCCACACAGGGGAGAAACCAUAUACAUGCGCAGAAUGUGGGAAAAGUUUUGGGGAUAGUGGAGCAUGCACUAACCAUCAAAGGACUCACACAGGCGUGAAACCAUAUAAAUGCAUGGAGUGUGGAAAGAGCUUCAGCCAACGCGGAAAUCUACAAUCGCAUCAAAGAACUCACACGGGGGAGAAACCGUAUAAAUGCACUGAGUGUGGAAAGAGUUUCCGUGAUAGCGCCGCGUGUCAUAAGCAUCAAAGGACUCACACAGGGGAGAAACCAUACAAAUGCACGCAAUGUGGAAAGAGCUUCAGUCGGCAUGAUCAUCUGCACUCUCAUCACAGAGCUCAUACGGGGGAGAAAGCAUACAGCUGUAUGGAGUGUGGGAAGAUUUUCAGUGUUGAUGGGAGUUUGACUGUAUCCCAAAGAACUCCCCCAGAUGAGAAGCCAUUUUACUUUACAUAAAAGAACCUGCACAGAGUAGAAACCAUAAAAAUGCCUGGAAUUAGAAAAAGACUUUGGUGAUAGCAGAUUGUGGUAAUACUGAAUACUAGAGAACCCAUGAAAAAGAGAACUCAUACAAAUGCAUGCAAUGUGGAAAGAACUACAAUUGUUGUUAUGUGCCUUCAGGUCAUCUCUGGGCAUGUCUACAUGAACCGAACGAACUGGUUUCCCACUUCACAAUACAGGGCCAAACCCCAAUUCAACUAUGGACUGUCUUCAUAGUUUGAGGCCAGUUCUCCAUUGAAGCCCUGGUGACACAGUGGUUGUGAGUUCGAUUCCAGCCAGGAGCUCCAGGGUCGACUCUGCCUUGCAUCCUUCCAGAGUUGCUAAAUGAGCCCCCAGCUUGCUGGGGGAGAUUAGCUUACAUGUUGUAAACCGCUUAGAAACUGCUUAGUUUAGUAUGAAGUGGUAUAGAACUGUAGCUGCUAUUGCUAUUGCAUUGAAUGUGGGUCAUCCCUGCUUAAAAAGUCUUACCUUUUACUCUACAUUUCCCAGGAACCUCUGGAGCACUCCAGAGUGAUGCUGGGCAGCUGUUUACCAAGCGUCCUGCUGUGCCACCUGUUGCCACCGUUGCAGCCGUAAAUCGCUCUCUCUGACGUCACAAAGGUCUGGGGUCUUGUUUUCAACCUCAUAGGAGGUGACUUGUGCCCAUAGUGGUGGCACUACAUGGCACAGUGGGACAUGUGUAGACAGCCACCAGUGUUGCUUUGGAGCACCUAGGUAACGGAGGUAGAUAUGGUGACCAUAUCAUAGGGGUUUGUUUUCUUGUAAAACAUCAAAUUUAAUUUAGAUUGCGGGACCCUCGUUCCGGAGGAGCCUGACAACUGUAUGGAAUAAAUAUCCAAGGCUAACUGUUGGCCAUCUAGCAAAGUACGAUAUCAUCCCAAAUCUACAAAACAGUGAUACUGUUAUAGGACCAAGCAAAAUGCACAUUAUUCAUGUAGCAAGCUUUCAAAGCUCCACUGGCUUCUUUAUCAGGCAAAGGUGUUAAAAAUGAUGCAGGAGAAAAAAAGACAAAAUAUGAUGCUAAAACAAGACCCAUAUCAUCCAGGAUCUUCUCCUGGAUGAAGACGCCGACCUGGCUUG